AUGUCAAACAAUAAUGGUCUUAAUCCUUUACCUCUUUUUAAUAACAAUAAAUCACUUUAUGGAGCAAGAACUCAAACAAAUCAAUCAUCAAAAAAAAUCUCACUUAUUGAAGAUAAAACAACACUUGAACCAGCACGUCCAACACCAUCAUCACCAAUAAUAUCAUCAACAAAUUCAAAUACAAAUAAUCAACGGCCAACAUCAAUUAGUAUUCCAACAUCAUCUGAAUUAUCACCUUCACAAAUACAUAAACAUAUUCAAUUACAAUGGCAAGCAUUGAAUUCAUUUGAUCUUAAACAAAUGCAUGCACAUGUUUAUCAAGAAUUAGAUGAAUGGAAAAAGUCCAUGUAUAAUCGUAUACUAUCAAUGAAAAACCAUAUGCUAGAAGAAAAUACUCAUUCAUAUCAACAAUUACUAGGAUUACAAAAUUUAAUGAAAAAGUUACUUGAAGAUGAAUUAAUAAAGUCAUUAUUAAUGAUGAAAAGUAAUCCACAAUUAAUUAAUUCUGAAGAACUAGAUAAAAUUGAAAAAAAUUUAAAACAAAUGAAAAUGGGCCACGAAAUAACACUAGAAUAA